AAUAAAUGUAAAUGAAUUAACUUUAAUACAACAAUAUGUUAAAAAUUCCACUUUUGUAAAUAGGAUGGAGGCAGCUGUGGAGGAGGUAGGCAACCAGUCAGGAGUAGAGACUUUAGUUAGUCUGUCCAAACCUCACCAGUACCAGCAUGUUCACCAAAACUUCACUGUUCCUGGACUCUUUCUCAACUAUGUCAUCGGCUUCAUCGCCUUCUCUGUUCUUUACCUGUUUUCUUACGACGUCCACUGGAGCUAUUACAAACUGGACCGAAAGCGUGUGAAUAUGUUCGUGUACACUGUGAGACUAGUGCGGAUUAUCCACGCUGUGUUGGCUACUCUGGUGGCGGUUCCUAUCAUGCUCAUCACCUCAGAGUUCCUCAAGCAACGCUUCUUGAUUCUGGACAUGUUUGUUGCAUUCUCUGGAGGUUACCUUACUUUUGAUGUGUUCGGAAAAUACAACGAGCACCUUCAGGUUUACGAACCACCUGGUAAACUGGUAAGUUACCGGAUAAUAAGAAGAUACGUAAGGAAGAACUGGUUAUUACUGGCUCACCACGCCCUGCUUGUGGUAUUCUUGUAUCCUGCUGUCCUCUUUGCUAGGGAUGAUGAGGGUGACUUUCUGGUGGCGUGUAUCCUGUUUACGGAGCUGUCAGUGCCCUUCACAGAGUUCCAGUGGAUUAUGGAGCAGACACUAGAGCCGCAUAACCUGAGAUAUAUCAUUGUGAGCAUGUGUGCCAUUGCUACUACUGUUGUGUGCCGACUGCUCAUCAUACCCUUCUUGUACGAGGCAUCAGCUGACCACAUGGAGAUGUCGGUGUUAGACUUCACCCUCUCCCUCGCACCGUGGUGGCACAUUGCUGCCUUGUCCUUCAUUAUACCCAACAUCAUCUGGUUGGGAAGGAACAUCUUCAAGACCAUGGUCUAUCUGAGGAUUCCUUACGAGCGUAAACGAAAAGCAAAGCCUGGUGAAAAGAUAGAUCGUACCACUUUGGACAGAGAAGAAAAACGAUUGAAGGAGGAUUGAACUUUCCUGAUACGCAUCGGUUUACAAUUCUUUCUGAAAUUGCUACAUAUUUUGUGUUGAAACACUUUUUUGAAAAUGAAUGGAGAUUUAACUAAAGUAUUGUGUUAAAUAGCAUUUAUAUGGAGUUCACUAUCGCAUUUAAUUGAUAUUCAUACAAGUUAUAUCGCUGGUUUGUCAACUCCUACAUUGCACGCUACUUGAUAAAGAAAAUAUUGAAAUUUCCCUGGAGCUGGCCUCGCUAUGAACCUUUUGUACUAGAAUUUGAUUCGAAUCUUAGACUUUGGAGUUUAGAAGUUGCAAAAUUCAAUUCUACAAUAAGCUAUAAAACAUAAAGCUGCAGGGUUUAUUAUACAUUUUAUUUACAAUCUCAAUAAAUAAUUACCAAAACGUAAAUAAAGAUUUAAGAAAUAUCAUAAGUCUUUCAAGUGAUUUCAAGAAUAUUAUAUCACUUAUCACGGUUAUUGGGCAAUUAUUUAUGAUAGUCCUUGGGUUUUUAUAAUUUUAUAUUUGUAUAUUUGACAUUUGAUAUAUUCUAGUAUUUAAGAGUUUAAGGUAGAUAUCAUUAUGGUAUUUAAAAUGUUUAUGUAUAAUUGUUCUUUGAGAUGUAUUAUUGUGGAUAUAAAAGAAAUGUGUUCUCUCUU